UGAUAACAACAUGACAAUAUGAAUGCAUACUGCACGUAAUAUUCUGGAGUUGUGUUCUAAAUAACGAACGACAUUUAUAAUUAUAUUUGGUCCAUUGUUCAACGAUUGGUGGAAAAUCGAAAAAUCUUCCAAAUAUGUUUCGCGACUUUGCCAAGCGCAUUGCAACCGGCGCGACCAUCCUCACAGUGUCCGUGGGUGGCACUGCCGCGACGAUCGAGCUGUGCAUCUAUCACACCGAUGCCACUGCGAAGGAAGAGCGCUUGGAUUGGGAAACCAACCUAUUGCCCCUGCGAGCUAUCGCACAGGCCAAGUUGAUCGAGGUGGACGACAGCAGCAAUACUGCCGACAAGGAAACGCUCCAACACGUCCUCGAUCGCGUGGCCAGUGGCGAGGCCGCCGUGCAGGGUCGAGAGGCCGAUGUGAUAGAGAUGAAGCAAAGUUGGACCGAAGCGAAGGAUGCUGUGCGUCGUUUCUUGCAUGUGUCUCCGCCGCCGCCGUAGAGGAAUUAAUCCUUCCACGAAACCCCCAUAGAAUUCACCAAUGGAACGUUAACAUCAAGUG